AUUGUCACCACGUGGUGCGAGACUCGGAGCGGAUCAUUAUGGAGCCGAAAACGUGAAGGUACAAACAAGAACCAAACAAUUCUUAGUUACCGCGACCAUGUCCGAGUACGCAGACAAACCCGAGCUCAUAAAAUCGAAACUCCAAGAACGCGAAGAGUUCGUUCGUGAGUCUUGGGUGAAAGCCAUGGAAGCUCGACUUGUCCGUGACGAGCUCGUCAAAUGCCACCGGCAUGAGGGUGUCAACCACCUGGAGAACUGCAGAUGGCUCUCGGAUAAAUAUAUUUCGAUGCUUAAGGAGAACAAGGUCAAGGGCUACAAAAAGAUUGAUGUCUAGAUUGUCCUAGUGCUUCUUAGAAUGACCAUUCAAACUGCACAACAUCUAUCGAUGUUCCAUUGGUGUUAAGUGGGCCGUGGAACAACAUGUGGGACACUUCAAUACGCUGCACGCCGCAAAGUGGAUUACCACUCCUGUAUAAAUUACCCAAUAGGAUGCAAAUA